AUGAUGCGCCUCAUUCUUGCGCUCGCCUUCUCGGCGGGGGCCGUCAACGGAACGGGCGACGAAGCCUUCGAGUGGGCUGGCACCUUCGACGUCGCCGACAUGAACACGGUCUUUUGGUCGGCGCAGUCGGACGCGGAAGGCCACUAUCCCGAUGCGAGCAUGACGAUUGUCAUCAUGCAAGGCAAUGCGGAUAACUCCCUCACCGAGGCCCUUGAGCUCGCGGGUGAGGAGUCCCUCGAGGGCGCGUGCACCGAACUGCAGCCCGGCAAUGCUCUUCCCAUCAGCUCGACGGGCACACCGCUCCCGUGCUAUAAGCUCAUGUUCCCCUGCACCAUGGAGGGGUCGGGUGACGAUGCAGAGUGCCACGCCGAUGCGCACACCGCAAUCUGGGAGAUCGACACCACCGGCUACAACAAUAUCGCCAUGCACUACCUCAAGGGUCCGGGCGGCGAGGACAUCGAGCCGAUCGCGGAGCACCCCGAAUCGACACGGUCGAAGCGAUGGGGCGCCGCCAUCGGCGCCGCCUUCAUCGUGAUGGUGUGCACCCUCAUGGGCGUCGUUUUCCUGGCGCCAGUGUUUGCCAAGCUCCAGAGCGAGCACGAGUCGCUCGUCACUGUGCUGGCGUCGGCCUUCGCGGCCGGCGCCCUCCUGGCGGCCGCCUUCUACCUGAUGCUAUACGAGGCGACUCACCUGAUCGCAAUCACCGACGACCGCACCGAGGCCGAGGCGAGCGCGUGGUGGGGAUCGGCGACCCUGCUUGGCUUCGUCAGCCCCUUCCUCCUCGAGUCGACCAUCUCCUUCAUCGUCGGCAAGGCCAAGCCUGAGGAGCGCAAGGACCCCGAGGCGGCCAACGAGUCGCCGACGCCAUCCAGGUCGCGCAAGGUCAGGGUGCUCUCGGGCGUGCUGUUGGGCGACUUCCUGCACAACCUGGUCGACGGCUUCUUCAUCGGCGCCGCCUUUGCCAACUGCGACACCUCGAUGGCGUGGACGAUCACCGCUGCCACCGUCUACCACGAGCUGGCGCAGGAGAUCUCCGACUACCUCGUCCUGACCAACAAGGAUCAGGGCGACCUCAAGCCCUUCAUGGCGCUCGGCCUCAACUUCCUCUCGGGCAUGUCCGUCCUCUUUGGCGUCUGCAUCGUCCUCUCCGCCGAGCCGUCCAACUUCUCGACCGGCUGCCUUCUCGCUUAUGGCGCCGGCGUCUACCUGCAGAUCGCCGCGACCGAGUGCAUGCCGCGUGUGCACGAGUUCGCGACGACGCUCAAUCUGCGUCUUUCUGGCUUCCUGCUCUUUGUUAUCGGCGCGACCGCCAUCGGCCUCGUCCUCCUCGACCACGAGCACUGCGGUGGCGAGGGCGGUGGCGACGGCCACGGUCACUAA